AUGGGAAGAACACUUCCAACACCGGUUGCUUGUAAAGUCUGCGGUGAUCGAUCUUAUGGAAAGCAUUACGGUGUCUAUUGCUGCGACGGUUGCUCCUGUUUCUUCAAGAGAUCAGUUCGCCGAGGUGCAUUAUACACAUGCAUAGCAGGUACAGGUUCAUGCUCAGUGGACAAAGCCCGGAGGAACUGGUGUCCCCACUGUCGCCUGAAGAAGUGCUUUGCGGUGGAGAUGAAUACCGCAGCCGUUCAAGAAGAGCGAGGCCCGCGCACUAGGGACCGUGCGUCAUCUUCUCUAGGUUCAACGACAUCCUGGAGUUCAAUCGAGCCACCACCGUCGGCAUUUCCCCCGAAAAUCAACGAAGGGGUCUACCAAGAAGCGAGAAUCACCCCAAAUAUUUUCCAUCCUGGAUUACUUUGUCCUCCGUUAUUCCCUCGUCUAAUUUCUCCAGGGGAAGCCAUCCACUACGAAGUCUCAGCGCAAAUUUUUCUCUCGUCAAUUCGAGGUGCGCGCGGUCAAAGAGAAUUCUCAAUGCUGAAUUCCUCCGAUCAAACGGCAAUUCUGCAACAAAAUUGGGCUGCCAUUUUCACUCUGCGAGCAGCCACGUGGCCAAUUGAUCUGGUAGAACUUCAAUCGCAGAAUCCAACAGCCAGCAAAACGAUAAUCACGUGUUUAUCAUUAGCACGAGCAGCAAUACGCAAACUCCAACUGGAUGAAAUGGAGAUUUCGUGUUUGGAAACUUUUGUUAUUUGUCGUCCAGAGUUGGCCGAAACUGUGGAGGGACUUGGUGCAAUGAGCGCAGCAAGAACUAAAGCAUUAGAAUCUCUGAUUAAGCAUCACCAAGAGCGAGAGAACAACAGCCAUCGCCUCGCAGAAAUUCUCCUUAUUCUUCCAAUUUUAUUCACCUGCUGCAGCAAAGAACUAGCUUCUGCUCUGUUCGCCCCAAUAAUCGGCGAAGUCGCUCUCGACAGAGUCAUCGCUUCGAUUCAAUAA